AUGUCUUCCAAACGUCUAGCACGAGAUCGCAAACCGUCCAUUGGCGUCCCUGUUGCCGAACUACAAGCCGUUGGUCCCGGCUUCAGUCGUCCCAAGCACAAGAGAACAUUCACAGGCUUUGGCCCGGCGGAGAUCAAGGCUGUCGAAGCUAGCAUUCCAGAGCAUCUUAGGGAGAUAUGGAAGAAAUAUUCCGCCACAGGUUUCGAGAACAAGGAAGAAUUCGAGCGGGAAUUUGUUCGGCAUAUCGAAACGACCCUCGCCCGCUCCCUCUACAAUUGCGACGAUCUAGCCGCGUACUCCGGCACAGCCCUCGCAUUUCGUGAGAGACUGAUUAUCGAUUGGAACAAGACACAACAACGCCAGACUUUGGCAGAUCAGAAGCGUGUUUACUACUUAUCCCUCGAAUUCUUGAUGGGUCGCGCUCUUGACAAUGCCAUGUUGAAUGUGGGCAAGAAGGAUAUUGCAAAAGAGGGACUGGAGGACCUGGGCUUCCGUAUCGAAGAUAUCAUCAAUCAAGAACAUGACGCGGCACUCGGAAAUGGAGGUCUCGGCCGUUUGGCUGCCUGUUUCCUCGACAGCCUGGCAACUCUGAACUACCCAGCGUGGGGUUAUGGGUUGCGUUACCGGUACGGUAUCUUCAAGCAAGAAAUAAUUGAUGGAUACCAGGUUGAGAUUCCAGACUAUUGGCUAGACUUCAACCCUUGGGAGUUCCCACGUCAUGAAAUCACGGUCGAUAUUCAGUUCUAUGGCCAAUCUGACCGACAGGAGGAUGAAGAUGGUAAGGUAACCUACAACUGGCAUGGUGGUGAGAUUGUACAAGCGGUCGCAUAUGACGUGCCGAUCCCUGGUUAUGGUACCACAACUACAAACAACCUCCGGUUAUGGUCGAGCAAGGCAAGCAGUGGCGAGUUUGACUUUCAGAAGUUCAAUGCUGGCGAGUACGAAAGUGCUGUGGCUGAUCAGCAACGCGCUGAGACAAUCUCAGCGGUUUUAUACCCCAACGACAACCUCGAUCGUGGCAAAGAACUUCGAUUGAAGCAACAAUACUUUUGGUGCGCAGCUUCUCUAUAUGAUAUUGUGCGCCGAUUCAAAAAGACAAAGCGGGCCUGGUACGAGUUUCCAGACCAGGUUGCUAUUCAGCUUAACGACACUCACCCCACGCUUGCUAUUGUCGAGUUGCAGCGCAUUUUGGUCGACCAGGAAGGUCUCGAAUGGGAUGAAGCAUGGAGGAUUGUUGUCGGCACUUUUGGAUAUACUAAUCACACUGUUCUACCAGAAGCUUUGGAGAAAUGGUCUGUUCCUCUAAUGCAGCACUUGUUGCCACGACAUCUCCAGAUUAUUUAUGACAUUAACUUGUUCUUCUUGCAAGACGUGGAAAAGAAAUUCCCCAAUGACCGUGAUCUGUUGGCACGAGUUUCCAUUAUCGAGGAAUCGCAGCCCAAGAUGGUCCGCAUGGCAUACCUCGCCAUUAUUGGUUCUCAUAAAGUUAAUGGAGUCGCAGAAUUGCAUUCCGAUCUCAUCAAGUCAACAAUAUUCAAAGAUUUUGUCAAGAUAUAUGGUCCGGAUAAAUUCACCAACGUCACAAACGGCAUAACCCCUAGAAGAUGGUUGCACCAGGCCAAUCCCCGGCUGUCGAAAUUGAUAGCGUCCAAGCUAGGUGGUUAUGAUUUCUUGACUGAUUUGACGCUUUUGGAUGGCAUCGAGCGCUAUGUUGAUGAUAAAGAUUUCCGCAAGGAGUGGGCAGAAAUCAAGACAGAGAACAAGAAGCGACUUGCCAAACACAUCAAGGAUACAACUGGAUAUAUCGUCAAUCCAACGGCCCUGUUUGAUGUUCAAGUCAAACGUAUCCAUGAAUACAAGAGACAGCAGCUCAACAUUUUUGGUGUGAUUCAUCGAUACCUGAAGAUCAAAUCAUUGACGCCAGAAGAACGCAAAAAGUUGGUACCCCGUGUGUCAAUCUUUGGAGGCAAAGCAGCUCCUGGAUAUUGGAUGGCAAAGACGAUUAUCCAUCUUACCAACAAAGUGGGCGAGGUGGUAAACAACGACAGCGAAGUCGGUGAUUUGCUCAAGGUCAUCUUCAUUGAGGAUUACAAUGUGAGCAAGGCUGAAAUUAUCGUUCCUGCCUCGGACAUCAGCGAGCACAUCUCAACCGCUGGAACUGAAGCCAGUGGAACCAGUAAUAUGAAAUUUGUGCUCAAUGGAGGGCUGAUCAUUGGAACGUGUGAUGGUGCUAAUAUUGAAAUCACGCGUGAAAUCACCGAGUCCAACAUUUUCCUCUUUGGCACUCUUGCUGAAGAUGUUGAGACCCUUCGCGAGAAUCAUAGAUACAAGGGCUUCACUUUGGAUGAAGACUUGGCCAAAGUAUUCGAGUCAAUUCGAUCAGGCACCUUUGGCGAUCCCAAAGCAUUUGAAUCAUUAAUCGCUUCCAUCACUGACCAUGGAGAUUAUUACUUGGUCUCUGACGAUUUCAAAUCCUACAUCCAGACUCAGGAGUUGGUUGACGAGGACUUCCGGAAACAGGAUGAGUGGAUCGUCAAGUCAAUCAGCAGUGUUGCUCGCAUGGGCUUCUUUUCAACGGACCGUGUGAUUAACGAGUAUGCGGAGAGUAUCUGGAACGUGGAACCACUUGUCGUUGAGUAA